AUGGCUACUGCCGACCCACGAACAUCAAAUGCUUCCGAGCCAUUCGAUAUUGUCGCAACGUACAAUGACUUGCUUCGAUCGGACCCAGAUUUAACUAUGCCAAUCGCCGCUAUCGAAGCUUUAGUACUACUUCUUACACACUCCCCUUCCUCCACGAUAUCAGAAACGCUCGACCUUCUAGAAAAAUCCACAGCACACUUGAAGAAAUCGAUCCCAAACCCUAUUGGACUUUCUGCCGGAACGGAUCUUUUCCAACGAUAUCUGAUUACGACACUACAAAGACCGGGUCAGCUAGGCCCAGCGGGCGAUUUCAAUGCUAUAAGGGCCCAUCUGCUUUCCAACAGCCGUUUGUUCAUUCGACGUGCAAAGGAGAGCCGAGAUAAAAUUGCCGCCUUUGGAAGAGGCUUCGUUCGUGACGGCAGCACCGUGUUGACGAAUGGGGGGUCAAGAGUUGUCGCUUCGUUGUUGCAGCAGGCUGCCGACGAAAAGGGCGGGCCAUCGGCUGUACGAUUCAAUGUGAUAUACGUUCUUUCAUCACCAAAGGGUGACAUUGAGAGCCCAACCGCAGAGCCAGAAGGAAUGGAGACAGUACGUGCGCUCCGGGCCCUGGGUGUCCCGGUUGCCACGAUCCCCGAGUCCGCCGUUGCCUAUUCACUAGGAAAGGCGGACGUCGUUAUCGUGGGUGCUGAGGGUGUCGUGGAGAACGGUGGAAUAGUAUCCCGAAUGGGCACCUACCAGAUCGGACUUCUUGCAAAGGCUAUGGGCAAACCUUUCUACGUUGUGGCUGAGAGCCACAAGUUUGUCCGAGUCUAUCCGCUUGGUCAGUAUGACCUUCCCAUUGAGCAGCACGUUAUCGACUUCAAGACGCAAGAAGACGUCGAUACGGCCAAGCAGCAGCAGAACAACUCAGCAAAUGCCUCCAGUACAGCACAAGGCUUGAACUCAGAGUUCCACCCUGACGCGGUAGAUUUUACACCGCCUCAUCUGAUUUCGGCCUUGAUCACAGACAGCGGUGUCUUGACACCAAGUGCUGUCAGUGAAGAGCUGAUCAAAAUCUGGUUCUAA